CCGCGGUCCCGCGCCUGCGCUCUGGCUGCCAGGACGCGGCGAUGGCGGCUGCGGCGGUGGCGGCCCCCGAGGUCCUUCGGGAAUGCGGCUGCAAGGGCAUCCGGACCUGUCUGAUCUGCGAGCGGCAACGCGGAGGUGACCCGCCCUGGCAGCACUCCCCGCAGAAAACACACCGGUUCAUUUACUACACCGACACUGGCUGGGCUGUGGGGGCCGAGGAGUCCGACUUUGAAGGCUGGGCCUUCCCCUUCCCUGGGGUGACGCUGAUUGAGGACUUCGUGACCCGGGAGGAAGAAGCCGAGAUGGUACAGCUGAUGGACCGUGACCCCUGGAAGCUCUCACAGUCUGGACGGAGGAAGCAGGACUACGGCCCCAAAGUCAACUUUCGGAAGCAGAAGCUCAAGACCGCCAGCUUCCGAGGCCUCCCGAGCUUCAGCCGCGAGGUGGUGCGCAGGAUGGGGCUCUACCCCGUCCUGGAGGACUUCCGGCCUGUGGAGCAGUGCAACCUGGACUACUGCCCCGAGCGGGGCUCGGCCAUCGACCCCCACCUGGACGACGCCUGGCUCUGGGGGGAGCGGCUGGUGAGCCUCAACCUGCUGUCCCCCACCGUGCUGUCCAUGUCCCGGGAGGCGCCCGGCAGCCUGCUGCUCUGCCUGGCCCCCUCCGGCUUCCCGGAGGCCCUGGUGGAAGGGGCGGUGGCCCCCAGCAGGUCCGUCCUGUGCCAGGAGGUGGAGGUGGCCGUCCCCCUGCCCCGCCGCUCUCUGCUGGUGCUGACGGGAGCCGCGCGGCACCAGUGGAAACACGCCAUCCACCGCCGGCACAUCGAGGCCCGCCGCGUGAGCGCCACCUUCAGGGAGCUGUCGGCCGACUUCGGCCCCGGCGGGAGGCAGCACGACCUGGGGCGGGAGCUCCUGCAGAUCUCGCUGUCCUUUCAGGGGAGACCCACGUGAGCCACCUCCCUGGGGACUGGAGCUGGCGCUGCAGGCUGGGGGGCGCCGGCCCCAGAGUGGACCAACCGGCCGGAUGGAAGGGGGCGCCCAGCACGAGGACCUUCCUUCCCAGGGCUGAGAGAGACAGCUUGACCCCUGGUGCCCGGCUGCGGGAGCCCUGCUCACCAGCUGCCUCGACGGGGUGGGGUUCCCUCUGACCGGUCCUGCAGCCGCUUGUCUGGGUUGUUUAAUUUGUCACCGUCUGAGGGCAGUGCCGUAAGUCGAGCUUAAAAAAUGGUUCCCGCUUCA